AUGAGCCAGGACGUGCCCACCACUACUACUACCACUACGCCGCCCUCGUCGCCGGCAGCUGCGGCUCCUGCGAAGGGCAAGAAGAAGUCUGCUGCGGCUGCGAAGAAGGUGGUGAAGAAGCCGGCCCCGCCGAAGAAGACGAUCGACAAGAAGGCGAAGACGGACAAGAAGAAGGCCGACAAGAAGGAGAAGAAGGGCACGAAGAGCAAGAAGGCGACGAAGAGCAAGAAGGAGAAGAAGGCCACCAAGAGCAAGAAGGGCGCCGAGAAGAAGGUCAAGGACGCCAACGAGCCCAAGCGCCCCAUGACCUCCUACCUCCACUUCUGUGCGGCUUCGAGAGCCGAGGUGGUCAAGAAGCAGCCGGAGCUGAAGGGCAUCGAGGUGGCCAAGGCCCUGGGCGCGAUGUGGAGGGAGCUGUCCGACGAGGGCAAGAAGCCCUACAUCGACCUCAGCGCCGGGGACAAGAAGCGCUACGAGAAGGAGAUGGAUACCUACAAGUCCGGCAUCACCGCCUCCGAGGAGUAA